AUGAGGACUCAAACUACUAUCUCCCGAGGGGAACUCGGAGGGCUGUGCUUCUUUGGAGACCCGUGCACAAUCGCCAACUCACUGACCGUGAGGAAAGCAUGGGAGAAGCCAGUCUAUAUGGGAGACAGAGAGCUAGGAAAAGCUCGGGUGACUGUCACCAGUGACUAUGAGGCGUGGAGGAGAAGAAGAGAGAUGGCUCGACCAUCCACCACACCCGCGCCAAUCGCCAACAACGAAGAGCUGCAGGCACAAGUCAAUGCCUUGACCCAGAGGGAUCAUGAAAUAGAACGCCUCAAGGACCAAUGUGCUGACGCUAACGAACAAGCUAUCCGAGCAUCUAAAACUGCCAGAACCAGCUCGGAUAACCAACUACAGGAAAUAACCGCCAGGUUAGCACACCUUGAGGCGGAAUCAGCUCAACAGGCUCAAACGAUCAAGGAGUUGUCAGAACAACUCCUCCAACCUCGGCUAGAUCUCCGCCAAGAGCGAGAGAACAACAGAAAACUCAACCGAGGUCUCUAUGAGCUACGCAUUAAAGACAAAAGCGGGCUAGCUCAAUAUGACCAAGUGCUACAAGAAAAGGACCGAGCUGUUGCAAGGAUCGAUGAACUAGAAGCCUUGGUCAUACAUCAAGAGACAAAGAUCAAGGAGGCUCAAAAAUACAACGAAGAAAUGAGCUAA